UUUGUACUACCAUGCGUGAUUUUGUACUGCAUUUACAUUAUCUUUGCAGUCAACACAAAGUCUCAUCUCGAAAACGCAAACUCCAAUCCAAAAAGUUCUGAUAGAUCGAUGGCGAGUAGAAGAAGAACACCGUCCGCUUCCAAACGUUCGGCAUCGGAUGAUUCAGACAAGACCAAACACGCUAAACCUCCCUCGUGCUCUCGUCCGGACCGCGCCGACACGAGCACGAGGCCUCGUUGCAAAUGUUUUGACAUAUCCGAGUUAUUUUCGGCCGAUGGCGGCGCGAAGAAUUCGGCGUCAGAUGAUAAAUACGCAUCGCUCUCCGGCCGACAUUCUUGCCAUGUCGAAACAAAGUGUUCUUCAAUGGAGGGUCACGGCCGAUCUAUGAGGAGUUCAACUGGUUCCGAGCUUACAAAAACAUCAUCCAAUAAAAGGCGGAUCAAAUGGACUUCUGAUCUUCAUGACAAGUUUGUGGAAUGUGUGAACCAACUCGGUGGUCCGACAAAAGCGACACCCAAGGCAAUUCUAGAGCUUAUGGAAGUCGACGAGUUAUCCAUCUUCCAUGUCAAGAGCCAUCUACAGGCAUUGAAAUAUCGAUCAGUGUCGGUCCAAGCUCGAGAUCAUGUACAAGUGAACAUUGAUGAAGGCUAUAUCCAUCAUAACGAUUCAUGGAUCAAGGAGUUAAUGCGAUUGCAAGAUGGAGUGAUAGAACAUCUCCAAGAACAUUUGCAGAUACAAACAAGUUUGCAGUUGAUGGUGGAAGAACAAAAUAAGCUAUUCCAACAAAUAAUUGACCAUAGUUCGAGAUCAAAGAGGUAAUUUAAGAUUAAUCUGCUUUUAUUAACUUAUAUGGAUAUGAAAUCAUCUCAUGAUCAUUAUUGUUAAAAAAACACUAUGGUUAUUUGAAUUUAUG